AUGACUUCCGCGACCCAAGAGGAAGCGAUUGCUGAGGGGCGACGCCUAUAUGGUGCCAAACAAUUCAAGUCUGCCCUUAAGUACUUCACCAGAGCGAUGCAGUCGUGUCCUUGUACUCGACAGGCCUCCGAGGGCGGUUCUAUCUUCAAUGAGGCUAUGUAUACAUGCGAGUGUGAGGUUCGCAAGACUUUCAACAAGUGCGACAACAAACUGCACAUACAGGCCCUCGAUCAUCGUGCCGCAACCUUUGAAGAUAUUCAAGAGCUUGAACGAGCUCAAAAGGACGCUGAAUGGAUGUUAGAGCUUGCCCCAAGACUGCCAGAUGGUUACUUGCGACUCGGCAAGAUAUUGCGCCUUCAGAAAAAGCACGAGUUCGCCUGGAAGAAACUCCAGAAUGCCAGACAAUCUUUGCAUGCUCGAUUUUACCGUCGAGAUCCAUUGAAUAACCCUCCCGAGAUUAUCCAGCGUAUAUUCAAUUAUCUAGACUUUGCCUCUCUCGCGAGAUGCACUGGCGUUUCCAAACAGUGGAGGCGGUAUCUCUCUGGUCACGGCAAUGAGCGCCUUUGGCGGACUCUUCACUUCACCAGCAAAAUUCCCUUUAAUCGCCCUCCGGGCAUAAAGUCAAUCAAGAAACUGAUAGCCUACUCGGGGAAGGAUGUUCGUCAGAUCAUCAUCGACGAUAUUUCACGCUUUAGACUCACGCAGCAAAAAAUCCUUAUCCUUUUAGGGUCAAAGAACCUCGAGCGUCUUGAGCUCCGAGGCAGGGUUGAAGAGGAUCUAACAAUUCCGAACACCUCUGGCAUCCUAAAGAAGUUGAGCCAUAUUACCCUUCAGGAUAUUCUAACCAGGAGACCACAAAUACUGGGUCCCCUUCUGCACCAUGCCAGUGAGAGUCUACAGAUCCUACAUAUCAUCGGCUUGCCACAGACAGGCUCGUCUGGUGCCCAUUUCCCCCACCUACCUAACCUCAAGUACCUGCGCCUUGAAGAAUACUCAAGACCGAGCCCGUUCAGGGUGAGCACAUGGCAACUAGCUCAAAGGACGCCAUGCCUGCAGCAACUCUAUCUUCAAGACGUGCAGCUUUCAGCGGAAGUCCCUGCAGAUGCUCGACUUGAUGAUUGUUGGCCAAGACUUAGAGCGGUUACAGUACACGGACCUAAUGAUUCUGAUCUGGACACUGCGCAUACUAUACAGCAACUUACAUCGCUGCGAGGCGGGCGUGCACUGCAGUAUAUCGACUUCGACUUUCGAUGGAAACCCGAUGAUGAGGGCCCACUGGGUCUAAUAGUCUUGUUAGAGAGGCUGAACCAAGAGCCCGAAAUGCUAACAACAGACGGAUACAACAAACACUGCCAGUACACAGACCUGCGCUCUCUACGUCUUCGCCGGGCCAUGAUACCUCCUCUGAAACUCCAGAAGGUGCUCGGCGAUAGCCUUGGAGCACACAAGCUGCACACCCUGGAUCUUGCUUUUCCCCUUGAUCAUCAAUGUGCCCUUGAAGGGUCUGCCAGUACUCGACAUAUCCAAGACCAUGACUGGCUUCGUGGAGAGCAUGGCAUCAGAUGCAUUGGACUUUCAGAGUUUAGAUUCCGAGCGUACCCUAAAACCGACGACGAAAUGUAUUUGCCGGGGUUUCUUGCUAGCUUUCCUAACCUUGAGGUGCUUGAGAUCAACUCGUCGCAUUACGACCAGCGCGAAUUCUGCAUCAUGAUUGAGGCUAUUCUCAAGGUUACUCACUUGCAGAAAAUCUAUCAGAAGACCGUUCUUGGUGAUUGGGGAGAUAAGCUUAGAGAGGCGACCGGGAAACAAGGCGUUGAACUGAUUUGGGGAGAUAGGCCGCGCCAAUGGCCGCUCGUUAUUGAGGAUGAUUCUUAA